AUGACAAGGAGACUAACAAAUUCUUCGCCACUAGUGGUUGUCAAAGCAUCACCUGGAUCAGAUGAAAGAAAUAAAUUGAAAGGAAAAAACAAAUCUAAAAAAGAUGCUUCAUCUCGUGGAAGUGAAAGUCCUAGUACUUCAGAGUCUGAUGCUAGAUUGCUCCAGGAUUCAUCCAUUAAACUUUUGAAGGGGAAUAAGGAAAAAUCUGAGGUAGCCUGCAAAAUACAAGAAGAAAAGAAGUUGGGUCCUGAACAAAUCCUUUUUAAAAAACGUACCGAAGAAACUUAUAUUUUAAAGGGUGCCGGAACAAUACCAGUUGAUGUAUCUGAUGCUGUAGGUGCCUUAGAGUUCUAUUCUUUUUCGAACAUGAGGGGAGAAUGUGGAAUACAGGGACGCGUGCCACAUAAGGAGGAAGUGAAAUCUACGAUUGACUCAGAAGAAUAUGGCAAUUUAUCUCAUGUGAUUGAGCUACUUUUACAUCCAAAAGUUUUCGUUGCAUCAGAUGAAUUCAAACACCUUCUAAUUUCAAUGCGUUUACUCGCAGGUUCAAUUCCUUGUACAAAGAUUGAUUCAUGGAAGGAAACAAUUCAUGGACCUGAAACUAUAGUCACAGAUGUUGAUUCUCGGGGAAAUGUGGUCAAGAGGAUGGUCAGAACGGAGCAAGUAAAACAUACUGUUCACAAGGAGACAUUCCACUCUUAUAACAUGUCCGGCCAAGGAAAAGAUAACAGUAUGAAUGUAAUUGAAACAGCGCACAAGUCAUUCACACCUAGUGGUGAAAUCAACCUUAGCAAAUUACAAGCACCACUUAUGGAAUCUGAUAGCCAUACAUAUAAGUCGAAAAGUGGUUCCAGCGAAAUCAGCGGAAAAGACUAUUCGGAUAUUCCUGGGGACCUGGUUUCCAGUCGUACGAUCACACAGGGCAAUCGGACUAUCGAAACCAUUACUUACAAAACUGAAAGAGAUGGAGUCAUUGAGACACAUGUGGAACAUCGCGUUACGAUCAGUUCAAGUGACGAUAUUGAUCACGAUGCGGAAUUGAGCCAGGCAAUUUUAGAAGCUACCAAAAUGAAUCCCGAUAUGGCAGUUGAAAAAAUUGAAGUGAAGCAAGAAUCACAGUGUUAG